AUGGAGAGAGAAGAACUUGAUCAGAUAAAGAGUGAACUGGAGAGAGAGAAAACUGAAAUAGACCAUGAGCAGAAGAAAAUGGAUGAUGACAGGAAGAUGAUUGAACAGGAAAGAAAGGACCUGGAGAAGAUGAGGACUGAAAUAAUGACACAAAGACAGCAAAUGGAAGAAGACAUGAGAGAAGCAAUCCAACUAGAGAGAUCAGCACUUGACCAGAAAAUACAAGAGAUUGAUCUAGAAAUGGACAAGAUUGAAAAGAACAAAGAAAUAAUUAAAAAAUUAAUGGAUGAGGUGGAGGAACAGAGACAUGAUAUUUCAAUCCAGAAAGAAGAGCUUGAACUUGAGAAACAAAAGAUCACAGAUGGAAAAGAUAUUCUGGCCGAAAGAAAGACUGAACUGCAAAAUGAAGUUGAUCGAAUCAGAUAUAUGGAAGAGGAAAUAAAGAAUGAAAGAGAAACACUGAAGGAAAUGGAAGCUCAUCUACAAAAGGACAAAGAUUUAAUUGAAAGUGUCAUUGAAGAAACAAAGAGACAAAAAGAGGAUCUGGAAAAGAUGAGAAUGGACAUAAAUGAACAAAAACAAGAGUUGAAGAACUCCAGUGACCUUCUAGAACAAGAAAGAGGAGACAUUAAAAAUAAAUGGACACAAUUACGGCAGAGAAUUAAUGAAUUUGAGGAUCAAGUCAGAAAACAGAAGGAAGAGGAUAUAACAGAACAGAUGAAGAUGGACGAAGAAAGAAAAAAUCUAGAAAAGACCAAAGCCGAGAUCCAGGAGUUAAAGACUAAAGCUGAGCAGGAACAUCAUGAUAUAAACCUAAAAGCACAAGAGUUAAACAUAUUGAAAGAACAGAUUUUGAAAGAAAAAGAGAAAGAAGAAAUACAAGUAAAAGCAAAGAUGGAGAGAGAAGAACUUGAUCAGAUAAAGAGUGACCUGGAGAGAGAGAAAACUGAAAUAGACCAUGAGCAGAAGAAAAUGGAUGAUGACAGGAAGAUGAUUGAACAGGAAAGAAAGGACCUGGAUAAGAUGAGGACUGAAAUAAUGACACAAAGACAGCAAAUGGAAGAAGACAUGAGAAAGGAAAUCCAACUAGAGAGAUCAGCACUUGACCAGAAAAUACAAGAGAUUGAUCUAGAAAAGGACACAAUUGAAAAGAACCAAGAAAUAAUUAAAAGAUUAAUGGAUGAGGUGGAGGAACACAGACAUGAUAAUGCAAUCCAGAAAGAAGAAAUCAGAUAUAUGGAAGAGGAAAUAAAAAAGGAAAGAGAAAAACUGAAGGAAAUGGAAGCUCAUAUUCAAAAGGACAAAGAAUUGAUUGAAAGUGUCAUUGAAGAAACAAAGAGACAAAAAGAGGAUCUGGAAAAGAUGAACACGGACAUAAAUGAACAAAAGCAAGAGUUGAAGAACUCCAGUGACCUUCUAGAACAAGAAAGUGGAUACAUUAAAAAUGAAUGGACACAACUACAGCAGAGAAUUAAUGAAUUUGAGGAUCAAGUCAGAAAACAGAAGGAAGAGGAUAUAACAGAACAGAUGAAGAUGGACGAAGAAAGAAAAAGUCUAGAAAAGACCAAAGCCGAGAUCCAGGAGCUAAAGACUAAAGCUGAGCAGGAACACCAUGACAUAAACCUAAAAACACAAGAGUUAAACAUAUUGAAAGAACAGAUUUUGAAAGAAAAAGAGAAAGAAGAAGAAGAAAUGAGAGUAAAAGAAAAGAUGGAGAGAGAAGAACUUGAUCAGAUAAAGAUUGAACUGCAAAGAGAGAAAAUUGAAAUAGACCAUGAGCAGAAGAAAAUGGAUGAUGAAAGGAAGAUGAUUGAACAGGAAAGAAAUGACUUGGAGAAGAUGAGGACUGAAAUAAUGACACAAAGACAGCAAAUGGAAGAAGACAUGAGAAAAGAAGAGCUUGAACUUGAGAAACAAAAGAUCACAGAUGAAAAAGAUAUUCUGGCUGAAAGAAAGAAUGAACUGCAAAAUGAAGUUGAAAGAAUCAGAUCUAUGGAAGAGGAAAUAAAGAAGGAAAGGGAAAAACUGGAGGAAAUGGAAGCUCAUCUACUAAAGGACAAAGAUUUAAUUGAAAGUGUCAUUGAAGAAACAAAGAUACAAAAAGAGGAUCUGGAAAAGAUAAGCACAGACAUUAAUAAACAAAAAGAAGAGUUGAAGAGCUCCAGUGACCUUCUAGAACAAGAAAGAGGAGAUAUAAAAAAUAAAUGGACACAAUUACAGCAGAGAAUUGAUGAAUUUGAGGAUCAAGUCAGAAAACAGAAGGAAGAGGAUAAAACAGAACAGAUGAAGAUGGACGAUGAAAGAAAAAGUCUAGAAAAGACCAAAGCCGAGAUCCAGGAGUUAAAGACUAAAGCUGAGCAGGAACAUCAUGACAUAAACCUAAAAACACAAGAAGAGAAAAUUGAAAUAGACCACGAGCAGAAGAAAAUGGAUGACAGGAAGAUGAUUGAACAGGAAAGAAAGGACUUGGAGAAGAUGAGGACUGAAAUAAUGACACAAAGACAUCAAAUGGAAGAAGACAUGAGAGAAGCAAUCCAACUAGAGAGAUCAGCACUUGACCAGAAAAUACAAGAAAUUGAUCUAGAAAAGGACAAAAUUGAAAAGAACAAAGAAAUAAUUCAAAAAUUAAUGGAUGAGGUGGAGGAACAGAGACAUGAUAAUGCAAUCCAGAAAGAAGAGCUUGAACUUGAGAAACAAAAGAUCACAGAUGAAAAAGAUCUUCUGUAUCAAAGAAAGACUGAACUGCAAAAUGUAAGUGAUCAAAUCGGAUACAUGGAAGAGGAAAUAAAGAGGGAGAGAGAAAAACUGAAGGAAGCUCGUCUACAAAAGAACAAAGAAGAAACUGAGAGUGUCAUUGAAAUGGAGAGACGAAAAGAAGAUCUGGAAAAGAUGAACACAGAUUUAAAUAAACAAAAACAAGAGUUGAAGUACUACAGAGGCCUUUUAGAACAAGAAAGAGAAGAAAUAAAUCAUAAAUGGACACAAUUACAACAGAGAAUUGAUGAAUUUGAGCAGUCAAAGACCGAGUCCAUAAGGAACAUUCUGGAGUUCAGCAGACAAGAAGAAGAAAAGAACAAAAUGGAGAAACAACUUAAACAGGCCAACCAGGAAUUUGAAAGUGUCAUAGAAGAAACAAACAAGAGAAGGAAUGAACUAGAACAAAUUAUGUUCGAUAUAUCUCAUUUAAAUCAAGAGCUUGAGGCCAAGAAAGAUCUUUUGGAGAAGGAGAGAAAUAAAAUCAAAAAGGAAAGAGAUGAGAUACAGAGACAAGCUGAUGAUCUGGAGAUGCAUAUGACAAAACACAGAGAAAAAGAAGAGAUGAGUAAAAUAUCAAUGGAUGAUGAGAAGAAGCUUCUUGAGCAGAAAGCUGAUGAAAUUUUAAGACAGAAAGACGAACUGGAGAAAGAAAAAGAGGACAUAAUGAAGAAGUGGAAUGAGCUGGAUGUUCUUCAGAAGGAAUUACAAAAACAAAGAGAUGAAAUAGAAGAAAUCAAAAAUGAGUUACAAACUGAAAAUAAACGACAGCAGCACAGCCUAGAGAUGAGUUUAAGAGCCAUGAAUAAGGAGAAGAAAGAUCUGGAGAACAUGAGGAAUGAAUCUGAAACACACAGACAACAAAUGGAAGAGAUGAGAGUAAAAACAAAGAUGGAGAGAGAGGAACUUGAUCAACUGAUGUCCCAAAUAUUGAUGGAACAAAAUAAAACUGAAAGGAGCAAGGACAUGAUAGAUAGUCUAAAGAAGGAAAUGGAGCAAACAAAAGCCAAACUGAAUGCUCAAGAGGAGGAAAUCAAACUGGAAAAGCAAAUAGUGCACAAUGAGAGGAAAUAUCUAGAGCAGUUCAAGGCUGAAAUCAAGAGACAGGCUGAAGAAAUAAAGACCAUAAAAGAGCAGACCCAUCAACUACAAAAAGAGAAAGAAGCAUCUGAAACAUUAAAGGAGAAACGUUUACCCAAACAAGUUGCUCAACAGAAGUCAGAAGAAACAGUAUCUCAAGGAAAACAGAUACAAAUAGAUGAAGUCAACAGACUCUUGUUGGAGAUUCAAAGGGAAAGAGAGGAACUUGAAAGAAACAAAAACAUCUUGGAACUUCAGAGGGAGGCACUGGAACAGAUGAAGAGUAUACAACCAACACAGAGACGGGAAAUCAUUUCGAUUAAUUCUGCAACACAAACAUCUGAUCUAGAUUACAUACCUGUAGGUGACAUUUCAACCCCUCAGGAAGAGAUUGUUGAGGAACACACAGACAUUCAUAAGGAAUAUAGAGCUUUCAUAACAAGAGAGAAGGAAGAUCAACUCGAUAGAAUGAGAAAUCAGGAAGACAUGGAGCUCAAACUGAGAAAUGAAGAAACCGAAAUGGAGGCAACCCGAGAGGACACAACACUUACAAGUGAAUAUAAAUAUCUAUCAGAUCCAUCCAUGGUAGUAAAGUUGGAGUUCAGUAAAGGUGGAACCGAUGGCCUUACUGAGAUGCUGGAGACUGAAAGAAGCGAACUAGAAAAGACAAAACUUAUUUUACAGAGAGACCAGAAAGAGAUCAAUGAAAUGAGACAAUACAUUGAAAGAGAGAAGAAAGAUCUAGAGAAAGAUAGAGCCACACUUGAGAAACAAUAUGAAGAGAUGGAGAUAUACAGACAGAAUAUGGAAAAUGAAAGAUCCGAGUUAGAAAUGACUCAAGAAAAAAUAGAGAAGGACAUACAAAAUAUUCUAAUGGAGACCAAGAGUAAACAGGAGAGAAUAGAAAACAUGGAAGUUCAACUUCAAGAAAAGAAGAGAGAAAUGGAAACCAUCUCAGAUGAGAUAAAACAGAGACAAGAGGAGUUGGACUUCAUACAUACAGAAAUAAAAAGAAAGAGAGGUGACAUGGGUGAUGCCAAAGGAAUGGAGGAACAUGAGUUUUUUGGCAUGCUUACAGAAAGAGAGGAGACUGUAAAAAGACACAUGGAGGACAUACAAAACCAAAAAGAGGCAUUACAAAAGGAGAGGGAUGAAGUAGAAAAAAUACAUGCUGGGCUGCAGAGAGAGAAAAUGGAAAUUGAGAUGUGUCGGGCAAUGUUGAACUCAGAAAGAAAUGAGCUAAAUAGAAUGAGAGCCGAUCUGGAGGCACAAAAAGAGGAGUUUGAGGGUAUGCAACAAAACAUAAAGACUGAAAAAGAUGAGCUGGAAUCAAGGUUAAGGAAAGCAGAGGACACAGAGAGCCUUUUGGAGGACAUUCAUAAAGAAAAGGAAAGUGUAGAAAAGAUAGCAGCCCAACUUUACAAAGAACAAGAAGAGGUUCAAAUUAUUAGGAAUGAAACAAAUAAACGGAUGGAGGAGAUUAAACGGAUAGAGGAGGAAAUUAAAACAAAGCAAGUAGAAAUGGAGCACAUUGAAGAACUGAAACAAAAAGAUGAACAAAAAAACAUGAACGUGGGUGAAAAUCAAGAGCUUCAGCUGGGAAGAGUAGAAUUAGAAAAAUUGAAGAAUGAAAUUGACAUUGAAAGAGGAGAAAUUCGGAAAAUGCAAAAAGAGUAUGAGAGAGAAAAACAUCAACUGAAGCAAAUCAUAGCAGAUUUGCAGAAAGAAAAAACACAGAAAACAGAUGCAGAAGUGCAAUAUGAUCAAACAGAUGAUGUUAUGGACUCGUUGAAAAAAGAGAAAGAAGAAAUAGAAAGGAUGAAAGCUGACCUCCAGAAUGAGCAGAGAGAAAUUGAAACCAUAAGGGACAUUAUUAAAAGAGAAAAGGGUGAGCUGGAACACAAGAAAGCUGAAAUUCUGCAAAUGACUGCAGAAAUAAUGGACACGGACCGUGACAGGAAAUUACAAGAUGAAAUGAUGAAGAUUGAAUCAACCCUUAAAGAAACCAAGAGACAGAAACAUGACCUGGAACAGGUGAAUGAGAAUUUGAUCAGGGAAAAAACAGAGAUGGAAAGCAAUUGUCAGAUACUAGAAAGAGAAAAAACAAAACUGGAAACAAGAUUACAGGAUUUGGUGAAUGAAUUGAAGGAAUUUGAAGCUCUUCAAAAGUCCCAGAUGGAGGAGAGAGAGAAGAAAACUCUGGGGAACAUUGGGGAAGCUUCAGAAAGGAAGUGGGAUGAGAAGCAGGUAGCCACUGAAUUGACCAAACAUGAUGAAGAGAACAGGCAAAUCUUGAAAAUUGAGAGAGAGGAGGUUGCACAUCUGAAAGAUCAAUUACUGAAAGAGAAAGAUGACGUUGAAACCACCAAAGAGAGAAUUAACAGAGAGAUGGAACAUAUUGAAAAGAUGCAAACCCAGUUAGAUGACCAAAAACAAGAAAUAGAGCUUGAAAAACAAAAAAUGGAAGACAUAAGAACUGAGAUUCAAGAGAAGACAAAAGCUCUCGAGAAAAGUAUGGAGGACAUACAAAAAGACAGGGAAAAUAUGAAUGCUUUAGUAAUUCAACAACAAAAAGAAAGAGAAGAGAUGGAUAUACUAGCAGAAGAAAACAAAAGAAAAGAGGAGCAUGCAGAAGCUGAGAUUAGAAGACAGCUAGAGGACAUUGAAAAUGUCAAGGUCAUGUUGGUAAAAGAGAGGGAACAAAUUGAUCGGAUGAAUGCAGAAAUACAGACUAAAAGCAAAGAACUAGAGAAAACAAUCAGAAAACAGCAAGAGGAGAUUAAAAUCAAAGAGAAUGACAUGCAAAUAGAAAGAAAGGCUUUGGAGAAAAUGAAUGUUGAGCUAGAAAGGAAAACCACAGAAAUAGAAAACAAGAGGGAGAAAGUAACUCUCUGGGAAGCAAAUAUACAGAAACAGAAAAAUGAGGCAGAAGAGCUAAAGAACAUCUUAGAAAGAGAGAAAAGUGAACUUGACAGAGAGAAAGCUGAAGUACAACAAGAAAAACAAGAGAUGGAAAAGAUUCUGAAAACCACCAAGAGUGAGAUGGAAGACUUGAAGCAACUGAGAAAUGAAAUGGAGGAAGAGAAGAAAGACAUGCUGGACAGACUGUCAAUGGAAAAACAUGAAAUGGAUCAACUAAAAACUGAGUUACAGUUGGAGAAGGAGAGCGUUGAAGAGGACAAGACGAUGUUGAAGCAAUUGAUGAAUGAAAUAGAAAAUAAAAGAUCUCAACUUUACAGUGACACAGAGAAGAUGAACAUCGACCAACUAAAUAUUCAAAAAGAGAACGACUCCCUGAAGGAAAUCAAGGCUGAUUUACUAAGAAAGGCUGAAAAACUUAACGAGGAAAUGAGAAAAACAGAACAAACCACCUAUCAAAUCAUCAAAGACAAAGAGGACACUCGAAAGAGUCUGGAUGACAUCAAGAGAAAGGAAGAAGAGCUCAGAAUUGUUCAUGCUGACAUUGAAAGGCAGACAAAGCUUCUGGAAUCUGAUCUACUGCUACUUCAGACACAAAAAGAGAGCUUGGAGAAGAGCAAAGAAGUGAAUGAGACGCUCAGAGAAGAUCUUGAAAAACAAAGAAGAAAUAAUGACUUGACAAUGCAAGAACUGCACAAAGAAAGAUUGGCCUUAGAACAGAUGAUAACUGACAUAACACAGCAGAAAGACUCAUUGGCAAACACACAGGAUGAAAUAAGGCUUAAAGAGCAUGCACUGAAAAACAAAGAAACAAAACUUGACACACAAAGAAAAGAUAUGGAAAUGAGACAAAAUGCUAUAAAUCAACAGCAGCGGGAGGUUGAUGCCUUGAUUGCAGAAAACAGAAAAAUGAGAAAUGAUUUAGAGAGCAUGAAAGCUCAUCUGGAACAAGAGAGAAGGCAACUGCAAGAAAACAUAAAAACAUUUGAAGACCAGAAGAAUGUUCUUGAUCAAAUCAAGAUUGAUGCAGCGCAACAGACUGAUGAGCUUGAGAAAAUCACAACAGAUACAAAGAGGGAAAAGGAACAUCUUGGAAAGGAAAGAGAAGAGAUUGAUGCUUUGAAGAAGGACAUGCUCAUCGUCAAUGAAAAUAUGCAGACAGAACGAGACAAGCUUAAUGAUGCUAUUCAAAAGCACAAAGCAGAGAUUGAAAACAGCAAAAAGAGCAUUGAUAGUGAAAAACGUUGUAUCGAAAUGGAUAGAGCUGCUUUAAACAGACUGAAAGAAGAGGUUGAAGUCAGCAAACAAAGAGUACAGCAUGAGAGAACUUUGCUGCAACAAGAUAAAGACAUGAUACAGAAAGAAAAAGAGGACAUGGAAUCCAUUAUAGAAGAAAAAAAUAGAACAACAGAGGAACUGGAUCACCUCAAAGAGCAUAUAAACAGAAAAUUAUCCGAACUGGAGACGUUAAAAAUGGAGAUUAAAGUAAAGAGACAGGAAAUUCAUUACUUACCAGGAGAGAUGAAAACAGAAUACUACUCAAAGAAGGAUGCUGAUGUCCAAAGUGAGGCACAAAAAGCAGAUGAAAACCAGAAAUAUCAACUUAAGACCAUUUCAAUAGAUGCUGAAACGCAAACGGAUGACAUUAGGAAAAUAGAUGAUAGCGGACAAAGGGUAUUAAAAGAAGAUACAGCUGCAACAAAGACAGAACAACCAACUGUGACAAAGUUAGAGGACACGCACACAUCUGAAGUGCAAGAAAUAAGGGAAUCUUUAAGUAAAGAAAUGGAAGAUUUGGAGAGAAUGAAGACUAUGAUGAAAAAGGAGAGAGAUGACCUGAAACAAGCUAAGACUGACAUUCAAAGGAGGAUGGAAGACCUUGAGCGAAAUAUGGAGGAAACCAUGAAGGAAAGGUCAAGAAAUGAAGAAAAACUGCUACAACGUACACAAGACAACGAGGAUUUAUCAAAAGCCCUUGAUGAGAAAAAUAAAGAAAUAGAAAGCAUCACAGAAACAUUCAUGAGAAAGAUGGGGCAACUGGAAAAGACUAUAGCUGCAAUGGAAAAACAGAAGGAAGAAUCUGAAAAUGAGUUGCUUCGACACAAUCAAAAUGAAGAGGCGAGACUAAAAAUCCAGAGACAGGCUGAUGAUACCUCCAGAAAGAAAGUCACAUUCAAAGACACUAGAGAGGAGAAAAAGACAGACCAAGAAAACAAAGCACAAACCUCUAAAACUGAGGGAGAAGAUCUCCAGCUAAUGUAUGACACAACCCUAGAACAAGAUGAACUUAACAACAUGCGAGUUGAAUUACCGAGGCAACGUGAUGAAAUGGAGAGUAAAAUGAAGAUCACACAAACUGGCCUCCUUGAGUUGGAAAAGGCAAAAGAAGACCUGCAUAAAGUGAGGGAUGAAUGUAGAACUGCUGAGCAAGAAAAGUCAGUGGUCUUAGAGAGUCUUGAGAGAAGUAGGAACAGUUUAGAGAAGGUUCAAGCCGAGGUCUUAAGACUUACAGAGGAGAUUGAGCAUCUCACACAAAGCUGUGAAAGCAAAAGAAGAGAACUGCAACAAACAGAGAGUGGCAUACAAAGACAAACGAAGAGGACUCAACAAGAAACUGAUAUCCAGAGCCAACUAGAAACCAAGUAG